AUGGUGGUCGGACGAUUGACGCACUACGCCUUCGACGCCGUUCUCAUCUCUGCGUUUCUUGCAGGAAUGAAACGUUCGACAGGCCUAACGCCUAGUUUCAAGACCGAGAAAGUCGCCGGCGAUAACAAGGAAGCAUCAAAGUGGAUCGAUAAAUAUCUCGGUGUCGGCGAGUGGGUAAUGGAUCAGUCGGUUGCCAUCGCCGGCUCCAGCGGCUUCUUUGAGCGGACGCGAUGA